AAGUGAAAAGUUUGUGCUAUGUUUUCAAAAAGUGUAAAAAUGUAAUGAUUUAACUUUUGGCCAAAGUCUUUGGAGAAAACAAAAUGGACGUUACAGGCUUUCUUGAAGAAGUAAUUUUUUAUAAAAAGCAAAAGCCGCUGUUAAAAUCCAAGCCGCAUUUAGAGGACAUAAAGUUCGAAAUACCAUGAAGAAAACAGAAACUACCACCACCUCUUCAGCUGGUACUGCUACAGCAGCAGCUGCUGGUAAUGCUGCUGCUAGUGCCACUACAGAACAUGAACCAACUAAAGCUGAAUUGGAAGCUGAAUUCGAUCCCAAUGAUAAAGAACUCUGUGAUGCUGCUUUAAAAAUUCAAGCCACUUUCCGUGGUCAUUUAUCACGUAAACUGGUGACUAAGGAGACACCGGAAGAUGUUGAUAUACAGGAGAUCACUAAGAAAGUGGCCGAGGAAUUGGAUAUAGAUUUAAGUGAUCCUGAAUUAAAUAAAGCGGCUACCAAAAUACAGGCCUCAUUCCGGGGACAUAAAACUCGUAAAGAUCAACAACCAGUUGAAUAAAAAAUAAAA